AUGUUACAACCUUCUACUCUGAAACGUAGACUUGUGACCCUCUUAGAAGAAUUUAAGCGAGCGAGACAGUCUUGGUCCAAUCUUAAUGAUGAGGGUCUUACUCUAGCAAAUACAUUAGUCAAUACAAAACUGCAAGAACGCCUUACAGAUAAUCUGCCAGAAUGGGCACCAGAAUCAAACGAUUUUAUACAUCUGAAUGACGAUCAUAGUAUUCCUGAUGACAAAAUUAUCGCUUUGAAAGAAUCGCUUCAACAAAUCGUCGAAAAAAUGGCGAAACAGCUUACAAAAAUGAAAAUGCAAAUUCUUCAAGUGGAAUUCCUUCUCGAGGAAGCAUGUGAAAGCAUGGGUGAUGAAAUUGUUUACAAUAAUCCAUUAUAUUUAUCAUGUUCAUUGGAAACGUUUGUUGAAUUUUCUGUUAUUAUCUUUAAUAUGUUUACUCAAGAAAUGGAUCUUAAACAAAAAAUAAUUUUAUCUCUUGAAUUGGAAUUGGAAAAACAACAAUUUAUGGUAAUUCUAUCAACUUGGUUAAAUCAACCGUAUAUUGAUUUUGAUAAAAUAAUAGAAUUUGAAAAUAUUUGUAAAAUUGAAAUAGACAAUAAAGAAGAAAUUUAA